AUGUUUACUAUUGUAUCAGUAUUCCAGUACCAGACUACCCUGGUGGAUGUGUCACAGAUGUCUCCUGCAGCUACAGGGCUUAGUCGGUGGUUGUGGUUAUGGCGGCAUGGCGAUAACAUCAAGUCCAGCUCUGCAGACCUUCCCAGUCAUAACGUUUGGGAACGCGUGGGUUUCAUGCAACAUGCGGAUGAGUAUUAUCAUCUUGCCUGUGCCAUGCUUGAGAGAUGGAAACAUGAUGAGAGCCAGAUCAGAGCGAACUUGGCCGCUUGGGCAACUCCUUUUGAACAAGUACAGGGCUCCCAAAAGUAUGACGAUGGGGAAAUGGUUCAGGUCAAGGCACUCAUUCACGAGAUGGAGAACAUGUCGUACUAG